AUGACCAGAGGAGCGAGGCAGAUCAUUUUGCUUGGUUCACUAUUCACGGAAAAUGAGCCUUCCAUGGACUUAUGCCUUCCGCCUAAUCUUUAUUCUGCGGAUUACCGUGGUCUUGGGAUUCACACAGCUAUGAUUCAGCCGCCAUUCAUCCACCAUUCAGCCACAAUCUUCUUCAAUGGCUUAUGUGGCGAUUACCUAUUUUGA